AACAACAAUGUUUUCUUUUUCAAAAUGCACCAGGUUACUGGUUAUAUCCAACUAAAAGUUUCUUGAUGAACUGAUGGGAUCGAAAAAUUUCGAGAAAAAAGACUUAGCAACACGGAUAAAGGAAUGGAAUGCCACGAGAUUGGACUUAUUCAAAAUUUCUGGACCAAAUAUGAAUGAUGAAUUCAGCGGUGUUGUACGUUUCUUUUUUCGUGGAGACAAUGGAAAAUAUCAAAGUAAAUGUUUACGUAUUACAAGUGCGGCCACAGCAAGAUAUCUUGUAAACGUCCUUGUUGAGAAAUUUCAUCCAGAUUUACGUAAGCUUACUGCUGGACGUUAUGCUAUAUAUGAAUAUCAUGCAAAUAGUGGAGAACGACGUUUAGGGGCUGAUGAAUUGCCUCUACUAAUUCAAUUAGAAUGGACAGCGGAAAAUCAGGAGGGAAGGUUCGUAUUACGUGAUGAGUCGAAACCACAAAUAACAACUCGUCCUGAUUCAACUUAUCAAAAUGGUUCAUCAACAGUCAUAACAUCAACGUCACAUGGAUUGAAACAAAAAACAAAUCGUAAAUAUUUGUUAACUACGGAGAAUAACACAGAGGAUAAACAAAUGCGUGGAUUCGUUAGACGAUGGUCAUCUGGGUCAAGAAAGAGACAGCGAAAAUCCAGUAAAAGUCGUUCUGGUCUUAUAGAUGAUGAAUUAGAACAAAUUCCUGAUACUACAUUUACACGAACGUUAUCUAAUCCCGAUGAAGUAUUACGCCGACGUCGGCAACAACGAAUACACAAUCGAAAUCAAGCUAUCGACACAGUUGAUGGGAAUAAAAAGGGUAGUUUAGUAAAAAUUUAUGGCAGUGCAUUAAAUCCAAAUAUACCAUACAUUUUAUUACCAAUAUCAACCAAUGAUACAGCUGAACAAAUUGUUUUAUGGACAUUAGAAAAGUACAAUUUUAUGAGUCAUGUUGAUCCCAAAGAUUACUGUUUAGUUAUGGUGAAUCUACCAUUACGUAGUGUUACUGACAGUGAUGGGGGUAACAGUAAUGGAAUGAAUGAAGUUGAACAUUUACCACAAGGUGUUGACAAGGAAAUUACACUACACGAUAAAGAUUAUGUUUUAAAAUUCCGUGAAAUGAUACGAUCCAACUUUAAUGUAUCAAAUGUAAUACAGAUUAGACAUCGAUAUGCACUAGGUAAAGAUGCGAAAGAACCGAUUCAAACCGCACCAAUCUCGUUGCAUUCAAAUUCUUCAACAUCAUCAUCUUCAUCAUCAUCUUCCUCACUUAAUAAUAAUAAUAAUAAUAAUAAUAAUAAUAAUAAUAAUAAUAAUAAUAAUGGAAAACAGUUACGGCUCAGUAAAAAAUUAACAGAUAUGCCAUAUUUAGUUGAAGUUUCUGGUGACUUGAAUCACUCAGUACAUCCCAGAGGAUUUACAAUUGAUUUGACAGAUCUAUUUACAAGAGCCUACACAUUUCCUAUUAAACUUGGUACAGUGGAAAGUAUGGUAGGAUCAUAUCCUAAUGUAUUGAUAAAUAAGAAUGAACAUCCUGAUAUUCGACCAGUUCAUUGUACAUUUUGUGUUGUCCUAACAACCAAUCAACUUACUCCAACAACUUCAGAUGUGAAUGAUAAUAAUAAUAAUAUCAACAAUACUGGUAAUUAUUCAUCAACUACUACUUCACCAAAAUGGAAAUUACCCAAAUCUGAUUCCACGCUAGAUUUAGAAAAUUUCACCAAUUACUCAUUGUUACUUACUCCAUCAUUGGAUGGUUUUGCAAAACCACCUGGACCAGCAUUGAUACGUGUGAACAAUACACGUGUUACUGGUCCAAUACUCGUGUCGAAUAAUGCUAUCCUACAAUUAGGUAAAACAUUAUACUUAAAAUAUAUUCAACCAAUACAAAUAAAAUCAUUGAAUUCACUUACAAAUACUAAUAAUAAUAAUAACCAUAAAAUGCAAAUUAAAGCAGAGAAUGCAAAUAAGAUACAACAUAUAAUGACAGGAUCAUCAUCAUCAUUUUCUAAUCGGUUGGCAGAAAAACAGAUUGAUUUAAUGAUUGAAAAAAGUCGUAAUGAUGAUGCUAUGAAAGUGGAGAAGAAUUCAAAAUUGACCGGUAGUACAUUGUCAAAAACACAACCUUUAAAAACUUCAUCAAAUUCGAAUUUAUCCACAAAAAAACAUGAAAUAAUCGGUUGUAAAAUUGAUGCAAGUAGAAAAUCAUCGCAUGGAUUAUCCGAUUCGAUAGUAACAUCAUCCUCGAAAUCAGAUCAACUACCAUUAUCUAUUGAAUUAGAGCAUACAAAUGAACUGCCAUCGGAUACCUUAAUGGAUCAAUGCGUCAAUCUAGUUGAUCGUAUUCUAAUCUGUACUCAUUCAGAUUUGAAUAACACUCAGAAAUCAUCUUUGUCAUGUGAAGAUACUGUGAAAACUCGUACAUUCCACUUAGCACCUGCUUAUGCAUUGUAUUUAACAUAUAGGGCUUGUAUAAAGAAAUUGAAUUCAACAAAUCAAUGUCAACCGGCUGAACGAGAACACUGUAUAUCUCAUUUAACAAAUUAUAUGGCCACUAGAAUAUAUGAAUUUGUGCCUAAUUUCAAUCGAAAUUCUAAUUCCAAUCAUUCACUUAUUAAGCCAUUAACGUAUUGGCUUGGAAAUAGUAGUGAAUUAUUGCACUUUUUCAAAAAUGAUAUUGAUCUUUGUUCAACACGAUCGAGAGCUAGUCAUCAUAAUAGUCAAUCUGGCUCACCAAUACAAUCAGUAAUUUGUCGAGACGCUUUACAUUUAUUAGCUGAAACAGUAGAUCACUGCUUUUAUUAUUUACGUUCAAUUAUGAGUAGUAUACUUCAACCAUGGUUGCCAUGUUUAACAUAUCCUGGAGAUUUAGAUUUACAAGACGAUGAACUUCUAGAUGAUAAACCCAUUAACCCAGAAGAAACAUGCAAUAAACGCAAAGAAUCCAUAAGUAUGCAAAUCAUUCUUCAGUAUUUUACUUACUUAAUGAAGCAACUAAGAAAAAAUCAAGUCAAUCCUGCUUUGACUUUCCAGUUGUACUCACAAUUGUUUCAUUUAAUUGGUGCAUAUAUAUUCAACACUGUUCUAAUCGAUACAGAAGCUAAACCCAGAAAUGUUUUAAAUGAUGGUAGUUUAUGGCUUACAAGACUUGGAGCAUCACGUUUGAACAGAAGAUUGGACCGUAUCAAACGAUGGGCACAUAAACAAGGAUUGGAAUUAGCAGCUGAGUGUCGUCUUCAACGAUGUACACAGGCAUGUCAGUUGAUAACGGUGAAUCGUACCAAUUUAGAUGAAUUCUACCAACAUUGUAUAAGUUUAAUUUCUUUAAACAGUAUUCAAUUAGAAUGGUUAUUAGCGCAUUUAUCCGAUCCACCACCCGUUCCUGAUGAAUGGAUUGAUUUGAUUGUAACUGGAGCCAAAGAGGUUAAUGAUCGUGCAUACGCUGAUGAAAUUGAGCAUUAUAAUAUUGACAAUGAACAAUCCUAUCGUAGCUUAUCUGAAUUACAAUUGAAUGAAUUAAAAGAAUUGCCAAUUCCUUUGUUAUUACCAUCUGAUGGCUAUGCAUCCGAUGCUAUUCUUAGCGGUAUCCCAGAUGGUCUGCUAGAUUUUCUGCAUCCGUUGGUUAAAACGGGUUUAAUUAAAGUGAAAAAAAAAUUGAUUGUGAAUGGACAAUUAAAGGGUCGACCGUGGACUAAUUGUAUGAGAGUAGAGAUGCACGAAAAUGGACAUUCCAUAUUGAAAGUAUCACAAAAGCAACUUCACAAAAGCCAUAAUAAUUAUCAUAAUAAUAUUCAACAAUCUGUGCGAAGAAAAUAUGAUCGGGAAAUAAAACAGGAAAAAUUAGAUGCUCAUCUUCUUCAUUGUAAUAACAAUAACAGUUUAACUAAUUCAAAUAGUAGUCUGAAUAGCACCACAAGCACAGCCAGUGUUGAUAGUAAUGGAAAUCAUUUCAAAGAAUUCUCUACUAAAACUGUACAUUAUCAAUCAAAUAUACCAUUGAAUGGUGGUAAUUUACAAAAAUUAUUUAAUUCAAAAACAGUCACAUCGCAGAUGCAUAAAGAUACAAGAACACAUGUUUCAUUACCUGAUUUAAGUUAUGCUAAUUUCGAACAUUUAGCUAAAGAAGCUAAUGUACCAAUCAAGUCGAUUGUACAUAUAUUCUUGAAAAAGAUAAAUAAUAAUUUGGGACUAAGCAUAGUAGCGGCCAAAGCUGAAGGUCAUCACUUAUAUGGAAUCUAUAUUAAAGAUAUUGUACCAAAUGGUGCAGCUGAUAAUGAUGGUCGGUUAAAAACUGGUGAUCAAAUUUUAACCAUUGGUAAUACAAGCUUAAUUGGUUGUGCACAAUCGGAUGCUGUUGCAAAAAUUUCGAAACAAAAUAAAUCAGAUGAUGGUAUACAAAUGAUUAUUGCAAAGAAAGCUGCUCAAUAUCAUAAGAUUAUGGAAUUAAUCCGACCAAACAAUAAUCAUGCAACAGAAACAACUACUUACAACAGAAUGCACCAUGACAGUAGGUUUUUACCAUCAACUGAAGUACAUUUGAUUUCUUCAGAAAAUAAUCAUCGUGUACAUGAUCUACUCCAUUUUAAUCAAAGUCAACCUGAUCUUCGUAUUCAAACUCAACAAGAUCGCAAGAUUGUUAGUAAUCCAUCAAGAAAUACUACUACUAAACAGGCUAACUGUAACCAUCAUUCCGGGUCGCAUCGCUAUCACCACUACAAACAGCAACAGACCAACAUUGAUAAAUCUGACAAUACACACAAAUCACGUGAUAAUCACCAUCGAGUCAAUAAAAGUCGUCAGUUGGAUAAAACAAAACAAAAGAUUGGUUUUUUAAGUCGGUCUACACCAUCACUGAAUCUAGCUGAAGUUGGAAUCAAUGAUGCUCGGGUUGAAUUAGACCAUGAUAAAAGUUGUGUUGAAAAUAAUCUUAUGUCAAACCUUUCAGGGAAUCGUUCGAUGGAAAAUAAAACUCAUAUUUUAGGAGAAAUCGAAAGACCUCAAAGUGUUGGAGCUCUAUCCAGUUCACAAGUUAAUGAACCACACUUACAACUGAAUUCUUCAUCAUUUAGCACUACAUCAUCGGAAUCAGAAAUUAUUGUGAAUGAACCGGAUAUUGGACAACAUCAUGAUCAUAAAAGUAGCUUCAAUAAUGACCACUUGCCUAAAAGCCAACAACGUGAAGAUUUAAGAAGAACAGAAUCUUCAAUUAAAUUAUCUAAACAGAAAUACAAAUCUCACAAACUAUCUAAUUCAUCAUCAUUGUCAUCUCACCAAAUGCAUAAAAAUUCUCAUUCACAAACAAAUGUAUUAGAACAUGAUGAGGAUAAUUUUAAUAAUGUAUGUGAAAGGCAUACACCUAUAAACGGUAGUAGUUUUCCCCCUCUUGCUCAUCAUCAGCAUCAAUAUCAUUAUGAAAGACAUCGACCAAUAGUUGAAUCAUUGUCGAAUGAUCUAAGUAGUUUGGAAUCAGUAACUAGUCAGCAAACUGUUUUUAGUUUAAAUGAAUCUCAACCAAUAACGGGAACCUACAAUAAUACGAAAAAUGAAGCAAACGGUAAUGAACAUCGUUGUAUUCGUAAUCAACUGCCACCACCUCCAACUCAAUGUGAUCCAUCAUCGAUUGAUGGUGCUAUUAAAACUGAUCUUAUCAUGAAUAACAAAGUUAGUAGAAAUGGAAAACCAACUUGGCGUGAAACGGAUUUAGAUCAUUUUACAAAGACUAAUUAUCAAGAUAACAAUCAUAAUGAUGAAAAUUCACCUGAGAAUGAAUGGAGUCAAUAUAAAUCAACUGCUGUACCAUGUCAGAAUUCUAAUGAAAUUUCAAGCGAAACUACUCAAUCAUCUAGAAAUGAAAACAAAUCAUUCAAGGAGGCUGAUCCAGAGAAGAGUUCAAUUGAUAUUCCCUCGGAUAACUUAAGACAGCCUACAUUAUCCUCCGUAAAUCCGUCAUCAGUCAGUUGCCUACGAAAUAAUUCUCCGAACGAAUCAAUUCCUUAUGAGGAUGAACCAGCUUCAGAAACCUUGAGACCACCUUCUCACGCUGUAGUAUCUUCUGACCGAUGGACUGGCAAGCCUAGUGCUAUAUUGAAGGAGCUUGUGGGACAAACUGAUCUCCCAGCUGUUCAUAUUGAUCCUCAGUGUGGUCGUGUCUCAAUCAAUCCUUAUCAUCCGAAUGACACAAAUCGAUUGAAUAUGGAGAAUACUAACGACACCAUGCCUCCAUCAAAAUCUGUUGUAUAUGAUCGUAUCCCUCAGUAUACUAGUGAUUAUCUAAAGUAUCACUCCUCUGGGGAAUCUACUUCUUUACAGAAUCCAGCAUCAUGUAUGCCUAGUUCAUCUUAUCCGUAUCAAUCCUCAGGUAUGCAGCAUUCAGAUGGUGAUAAAUUCAAUCCAGUGUCCGCACAAAAUAAUCGAUUUAACGUGGAAACAAACUUUACUCCAACUUCUUCGAGACCUACAACAACUCCAUCGUAUGUUCCAUCACCGCCCCCUAUACCAACUGCAGAAUAUCCACAAUAUCACCCACCCGAACGAUUAGAACCGGUUCACUGGUCAAAGUAUGAGCACUGUUCAUCUGCAGAUGAAUCACACCUAUCACCCAAAUCUACUAAAGCAAUUGAUAUACGACCUCCUACAAUUAAUUCAUCAUUGAAAUCUUUGGAUCAGAAAAUUCCUAGAUCAGAUUCAAAUAACAAUAAUCCACCUUUAUUAUGCAAAUUCUCUAAUAAACCAAGCGAACAUCGUUCUUCAUCUCCCACUAGUUCAGCUGCAAAUCGUGUAAUUACAAUUCAAUCCGAAAUUGCUGAAUUAGAAGCUAAACAACGUGCUGAUAGUCGGUUAGAUUUGAGUUCAACAUUAGACAGGUUACGUGUGGAGUUACAAUUUCAAAAACGUUUAGCAGAACGUGAAUCGAAUUGCAAGAUUGCAGUCAAUAAUAACAGCAUUAGUAAUAAACAUUUCAUAAUAAACGAAACCAAAAUAUUUAAUAUGCUUGAAAAUUCAAACAAACCAGAAUCACUACAGUCCGGUUUAUCAUUGUCCAUGCUGAAUACUGAUCAUUGUAAUCAACAAGACUGGGUCCAAAAACGUAAUCAAGCUGAACAAGAAUUAUUUGAGACUCAAAAUCAACGAAUAUCUCAAUUAGAACAAGAACAUAAAGCCAUGUUGAUAAGACAAGAACUACGAGCUAAAGAACGUACUCAAUGGUUUGAGCACAAACAUCAACAGCAAGUACUAUUUCCUUUCAGUUCAUCAUCAUUACCGAGAAAUGAAGAAACAAAUAACGAUAAUAUGAAAUCACGGAAUUAUCAAAAUUCAAAUCAUGUACCUCUUAGACAAAGCUCUGAUGACGAUAUUUCUCAAACACCAACUAGUCAAAAUCGUUAUGGCCGACCAAGAUUCGAUAACAGUGAUAAGCCAGAAACAACUAAACUUAUUUCUUAUUCUUUACAAUAUCCCAUUCAAUCACGUUUAGGUCCACAAAUUAUUGAAAGUGACUUAAAUCGUAUACAAGUAGUGUCUGGUACCACUGGUUCAUCUGUUGAAAGUACACGAGUAAAAAAAUCAGUAUCAUUUGAUAAGAAUUUAGAAACUAUCUCUGUUUACAGUCCACCCUCAACACCACAAGAUAGUUUCAUAGAAUAUGGAACUAUUCAUAAAUCUCAAGUUUCUAAUAGAGCACUAACAUCAGGGUCAACAAUUUCAUUGAAUCCUUCAUCUGUUAGUUUAUCAUCUGCGAAACCGUUUAGUCCUCCGGUUGGAUUUGAAACUGAGGAUAAAACAGAUGAUAAAACUCAUCAACCUAAUAAAACAAAUCCAGGUCACGGCGAACCAAGAUCGUCUCAGGGAAAACUUAUCACAAACAAUAUGCCACCUACAAUAACAGUGAAACCCCCUCCUAAUGCAGAAUUAUUACCAUUCAAAGAGAAAAUGCGUUUAUUUGCUCAACAAAUCGGUGAAGAUCCACCGAAAGAGCGUAUCAAAUCAUCUAGUCGUCAAAGAGAAUUACAAUUGGCUAAUAAUGUCCACUAAUCUAACAAUAAUUGUUCGUUUAUUUUCGUAAGAUUGAUUCCAAUUCACGUAGAUUUUUUCGUGGCAUUAGUUAAUUACAGAACUUUUAAUUUCCAGUCCUGUUUUUCCCCCUCCCACCGUCCUAAUUCCUUCAAACACAUAUCAGUUAAUGUAGUUCACAAUAUUCGACUUUCGAUUAAUUGUUAACGAUAAAUUUAAAUGAUUAAUUAUCUUAACCUAAUUCAAAAUAAUUGAUCAUCUAUGACUAUUUUAUUAAUUGCUGUUAUGGUUAUUAUUGAUACUAGUAUAACUGUUGCUUGUAGUUACAAUUGUAUGCAUUUUUUUGUUGACUAUCACAUCAAUUUUUUUUUAUCAUUGUUAUUUGUGUUGCGUUGUCACACAUUUAUCAAAUUAUUUGUAUUGCCGGCAUUUUUAAAAAUAAUUUAUCCCUUUUUAAAAGAUCUUAUUCCCUGUUCCCUUUUUGACAUUGUCCUACACAAUUUUCUUAUAUCUUAUUCUUCAUUACACAUACAAUCUCUCAAUUUCAAUUUAAAAAGGAACUCAUGUUGAUUUUAAAAAUUUUUACUGAAGAUUACGGUAUGACCUCAUAGGCCUUGAAAUCGGUGGUUAAACUUUUAAUACAUUUCUUCUUUUUUUAAAAAAUAAACAUUUAUUUAUGAAUAUUAAAAUUAUUAUUAUUUUUUUGGACUAUGUACAACUUUCUUUAUUGUUAUUGAUGGCCAAAAUAUCCAUUUCGAUUGUUACAUGCAGCAGUUAUUGAACAUUUUUGUAUGACUUUUUUCAAGAGCUUUUUGAUUAUAGUUUUUGAUGAAUUGAAUGGACAGAUGAACAGGAGAUUGAUGAAAAUUAAAUAAAGCCAUUCAUACAAAUGCACAUUUUUAAAUCUU